CCAACCAAUGGCCACUACUCCGUACUCAUCCCCCCAACCAAUGGCCACUACUCCGUACUCAUCCCAACCAAUGGCCACUACUCCGUACUCAUCCCAACCAAUGGCCACUACUCCGUACUCCUCCCAACCAAUGGUCACUACUCCGUACUCAUCCCAACCAAUGGCCACUACUCCGUACUCAUCCCAACCAAUGGCCACUACUCCGUACUCUUACUACUUGACCUCUCUGCGGCUUUUGAUACGGUUGAUCAUCCCCUCCUCCUCAAAAUACUGCACUCUCUUGGCCUCAGAGACUCUGCUCUCUCCUGGUUCUCCUCCUACCUAUUGCAGCGCUCCUUCAGCUUUACCUAUAACUCUGCUUCCUCCUCUUCACUCCCUCUUUCUGUAGGGGUCCCUCAAGUUCUGUUCAUAAACCCCUUCUCUUCUCCAUCUACACCUUCUUCCUUGGUCACUUCAUAAACUCUCAUGGCUUUAAGUACCAUCUCUACGCUGAUGACACACAAAUCUAUCUUUCUACUCCUCACCCCUUCAGUCU